CUGCGAAUCGCGCACUCGCUGCGGGUCGAUUACAUCGCAGUUGGCUGUCAGAGCUACUGGCGAGCACAUCAAAUUCAGUAGUCCGAGUCCGUGCGGAGAGCGCAGCUUUCUACCAGCUGGCAGCAUGACUCUGGAAGCCCUGGUCACUGCAUUAACCUGCCUGAGCACCCCCUCGACAACGUUGCCAGGAAACUUGGUAACAAACAUCAUGGUGGACUCGACGCUGACCUUUCGCAAUCACACCCUUGGCUGUCCGGCGGCAGUGCUCGAUGCUCUGAUGAUGCGAGUUCACUCUAUGACCGCCGAGCUGCAAUCUCUGCACGCGGAUCUCACCGAAGUGCAGCAGCUCAUCGAUGAGUACAAGAGCCAAGCGCCACGGCGGCCUAUAGAGACGCGGAUGCAGCUAUUUGAGACUGGGACACCAAGUGUCGACGACACGCCUCGCAAUUGUAUUGGCCAGAAGCAUGGCCUGGUGCGGAUCCGAAUCUCGCCGGAUAUGGAGCCGUUCUACGUUAAUUGUGAUCAGGAGAAGCAUGACGGUGGCUGGCUGGUGAUCGCCUAUCGUUUCGAUGGCAGCGAGGAUUUCUAUCGGGAAUGGGACACAUAUAAGACGGGCUUUGGCUCGCUGAACUCCGAAUUCUUUAUUGGCUUGGACAAACUCUACCGGCUGACCCACAGCGACACCCACGAGCUGCUCAUCAUAAUGAGAAAUGAGGAGGGUGAGUACUUCGCGAACUAUGAUCAGUUCAGCAUUGGCAGCGAGGCCGAGAAGUAUUUCCUCUACGUGCUGGGCUCCUACAAGGGCAAUGCCGGCAACGCGCUGCAGCACCACGCCGGCAAGAAAUUCACCACCUACGACCAGGACAACGACGACAACGGCCAGAACUGUGCUCCCAUUCAUAUGGGCGCUUGGUGGUAUGGGCGCACUUGUGUUAAGAGCAAUCUCUUUGGCACGUUCCAGCACAGGCAUGGGCAACAGAUUGACUACUACAAGGGCAUUCUGUGGAAUCACAUUCAGCCCGGUCCCAAAGGCUCUUUGCGAUAUGUUCGCAUGCUAAUCCGACCCUACAAGCGGUCAUAGCCACUGCUUGACAUACCUGACUAAAGAAACUCUAAAUACUCCAAAAAUACAUGUAAAAUUAGAUUGCAAAAUAGCUUAUCCAUAUUUUA